AUGGCUUCAACCAAUACACCCUAUGCAACACAGCCGGCCGGCCCUCUCGAGCCGAAGAUCGAGCCUGCCGAAAAUUCAAGUGCCCAACCAUCGACCGACGGUGACCAAACCUUGCCGACAGAACCUGCUUCCGGGAACGGCGCGGCCGAAUCGUCGUCCGGCCUCCAGCCGGGGACGUCUGGGACUUCUGCAAUCGCGGCCAAGGUUCUCCAAUUCAUCUCCGAGGCGACACCGACCACCCUGGGAGGCAUUGCAGUCGGCCUCUCGGCUGCGAUAUAUGCUGCUUUGGGAAGGCUGGGGCUUCUUUUGAUUGGUGCCGUCGGCGGUGUCCUCGUUUUCAUCUCCCUGGAAGCUAGAAAUCCUGCCAUCGCGCAGACUGUGCGUGGGGAGCAAGGAGCCGAGGUGCUCGACAGAGUGCUGCUGCUUCUGAAAGACACCAGGGCUGGGGAGGUCGGGAAAGCAGACGAGGGGGAACCCGUGUUCAAAACCCUUGAUGACUUUCGACCCGACACUCGAGACGCCCUGACUGGACUUGUGGAUGCUGUCGUGCGAGACUAUGUGAAAUGCUGGUACAGUCCCAUAAUACCGGGCGACCAUUCGUUCCCUCUGGCGUGUCGGAAAACGCUCAACUCGUACAUUCUCUCCAUCUCGAACCGCCUGUCACGCAAACGACCAGCCGACGCCUUCUUGGAUCUGCUCACCAAUGGCUCCUCCAUUCUCAUUGCGUUGCUGUCGGAGCUCGCGGCGGCAUUCGCAGAUGGCACCCCCGAGUCCAACAUGACUGCUGCCGAUGCCGUGUACAACUACUUGUCAUCGAAUCCCGAUUCCCGACUUGCCAACCUGCUCAACCAGAAGCAGCAGGCUGCCAAGUUUAGAAUGGUGGCCGAGGAACUGCUGGGGUUCCUCGAUCAGGGCUCGCAAAACUGCGACCCAGCCCGCAUACUUUUGCGAGAGGUCCUGGCAAACUCCGUCCUCGAGACGACGCUUCAAACCUGCAGCAAGGCCGAGUGGAUCAACGGCUGGAUCAUAUAUCUGCUCGAGGCUGGCGAGCCAGACCUGAGCCAAGCCAUUGACGAGGGGAUGCAAACCGGGCGUGACAAUGCGUACAACCUGUUUGCGGAUAUCGAUGGAAAUGUAGGCAAUAUUGGCAUUGCGAAACCUGUGGCGGCGCGUUCAAGCUUGGAACUGGACCGUUCGCGGCGGAGAGAAUCGCUCGGCCAUAGGAAGAAACUGAGCAGGGCGGAUGAGGAGUUGGAAGAAGCCAUGGGAGACAUGAAGAGAGGGAGUGGAGCGGUUUGCAGCGACGGCCCAGGUCAGCAGCGCAGCUGCGCCGCCGUUGGUGCCAACCCAUCAGCACGGUCCAAGCAGGGCUUGGAUGCGGUUUCGGAGUCGAGGAAACAACAGUCUAGAGAUUCCCCCAACGUUCCCCAAGGAGCCGCAACAACAGCCGCAACAUUACCGACCAAUGACGCGUCUUCUCCGAGUUGCGCCUCUCCACACGGACUCUCCUCGUCAAGCGGACCGGAGAAUACCUCUGAGUCAACACGGGCCUCCACGCUCGACUCGUCCCCCAGUCAACAAUCAUCACCCCAUGAAACUGGCAGUCGGCAAUUCACGACAUUCGACCAAGCUGUCCCCGCUGGCCAGGCCGAAGGCGCGGACGAGGAAGGGCCUAGGAAGGCUGCCCUGGCCCUCCACAACGCUUCGUUUACGAUACACGAUGACUCCACCAGCGACAGCAGCAAGAUUCGGACGAAGCCCAACUGGGAUUACCUCAUUCAGGUCGAGCCCUCGUCGUCUGCGCACACCGGGUGGAUGAUUGUUCGACGCUACUCUGACUUCGAAACCUUGCAUGAGAUUCUGAGAAGAAUCGCAGCCAUUUCGGGCGCCAUCGCGUUUACGGAGCUCCACAAGGCGCUCCCUGCUUGGAAAAUCCACACAAGAGAGUCGCUUCGCGGAGAGCUCGAGCGAUAUCUGCGGGACGCGUGUUGGUACCAGUCCCUCGCGGAAAGCGAGGGCAUGAGGCGCUUUCUCGAGAAAUCUCAAGGCCACUCGCACGGCAGCUCGAAGAAGUUUGGCUGGGAAACGGUGGGGAAAAACAUGCUGGACGUCCUCACCACCGCCCCCAAAGGCGCAGUGGAAGGGGGCAAAACGCUUGUUGGCGGCGUCAGCGGAGUCUUUGGCAACAUUGCUGGGCUGACUAGGAAGUCGACCAGCCAGUCGGUCGACCUGGCUCAUUCUGCCAACAGGCUCUCCAUAUCGGCGCCGCCAAGGGCCGACAUGACACGGUCGCCAGCCAGGUCUGAUCGAGCCAGCAUAGACAGUCAGCGCUCGUCCAUCAUCUCGACCCAGCCCGGCAAGAUGGCCCCCAUGUCGAGGAGGCCCAGCUGUCAAUCUCAAGCUGAACCAGAAGGCGAGCGGGGGAGAGCUGGCUGCGGUGCGGAGCAAGCCGAGCCUGGAUCAUCACCCACGAGUUUCCGAGCGAGUAGGGAGCACAGCAGGGCAUCCAGCUUGGCUGCCUUUCGAUCGCCAUCGACGGUCAGUCUGGACUUGACCAGGUUGCCUCCGCCGCCAGAUGACACGCCAAGUGACUGCGAAUCCGCCAACGGCGAUGACAUGCAGUCUCGGCAGGAUGACAGCUACCAGACAGCACGUGGCACCUCAAACGGCGGCAGUGCGUCGUCGCUGCCGGUGGCCAACGGCGGCAAAAAGUACGUCCCCAACAAGCCUGCCAAGCAGUACUCGCAAAUAUCGGAGCAAGAGACUCGGGUCGCCGUCGAGCUCCUCUUUGCCGUCAUCAACGAAAUGUACACCCUCUCGUCGGCCUGGAACAUUCGUCGCACACUCCUCGCCGCGGCCAAGUCGUUUCUCCUGAGACCAGGCAACCCGUCACUCCUCACGGUGCAAUCUCUGAUUCAAUCGUCCGUCCUCGAUGCAAACACGUCGGACGCGGGUAUUGCGGCAAAGAUACGCAGGCUCAGGGAGUGCACGAUGCCGACCGAACAAGAGAGGGCUACGUGGCCGGCAGAGCUGACUGCAGAAGAAAAGGAGAAGCUGGCAGUCAAGGCGCGCAAGCUCCUGAUCCAAAGCGGAGUGCCGGCUGCGUUGCUGGGCGUCAUGGGCCAGGCGGCAACCGGAGAGGCGCUCGGCAGGGUGUUUGACUGCCUGCAGAUUGAGGAAGUGGCCAGGGGGUUGAUAUUCGGCCUGAUCCUGCAAGCCGUGAGGAUAGUGACGCAUUCAUGA